AGUUGGGCAACUACAACAGAAGUAGUAAGGGUGACAGCAAGAAGGGUGCUUGGCGUGACAUCUGGACAGAGGAAACUGAAACCUGGUGGUGGAAUGAGGAAAUACAGCAGAGUAUACAGAGGAAGAGGAUGGGAAAGAAGAAGUGGGAUAGUCAGAGAGAUGGAGAAAGUAGACAAGAGUACAAGGAGAUAAGGCACAAGGUGAAGAGAGAGGUGGCGAAGGCUGAAGAAAAGGCUUAUGAUGAGUUGUAUGAGAGGUUGGACACUAAGGAGGGAGAAAAGGACCGGUGGGCUAGACAGAGGGACCAAGCUGGGAAAGAUGUGCAGCAGGUUAGGGUGAUAAAGGAUAAAGAUGGAAACAUACUCACAAGUGAGGAGAGAGUGUUGAGCAGAUGGAAAGAGUACUUUGAGAGGCUGAUGAAUGGAGAGAAUGAGAGAGAGAAGAGGUUGGAUGAUGUGGAGAUAAUGAAUCAGGAAGUGCAACGGAUUAGCAAGGAGGAAGUAAGGACAGCUAUGAAGAGGAUGAAAAAUGGAAAGGCCGUUGGUCUAGAUGACAUACCUGUGGAAGCAUGGAGGUGUUUAGGAGAGAUGGCAAUGGAGAUCUUAACCAGAUUGUUUAAUGGAAUCUUGGAAAGUGAGAGGAUGUCUGAGGAGUGGAGAAGAAGUGUACUGGUGCCGAUAUUUAAGAAUAAGGGAGAUGUGCAAGACUGCAGUAACUACAGGGGGAUAAAAUUGAUGAGCCACAGCAUGAAGAUAUGGGAAAGAGUAGUGGAAGCUCAGUUAAGAAGUGAGGUGAUGAUUAGUGAGCAGCAGUAUGGUUUCAUGCCAAAAAAGAGCACCACAGAUGCAAUGUUUGCUGUGAGGAUGUUGAUGGAGAAGUUUAGAGAAGGCCAGAAGGAGUUGCAUUGCGUCUUUGUGGACCUGGAGAAAGCAUAUGACAGGGUGCCUCAAGGGAAGCUUGUGAUAUUGUAUGAGGAAGUCAGGAGUGGCAGAGAAGUACGUAAGAGUUGUACAGAAUAUGUACGAGGGAAGUGUGACAGCGGUGAGGUCUGCGGUAAGAGUGACGGAUGCAUUCAAGUUGGAGGUGGGAUUACAUCAGGGAUCAGCUCUGAGCCCUUUCUUAUUUGCAAUGGUGAUGGACAGGUUGACAGACGAGAUUAGACAGGAGUCCCCGUGGACUAUGAUGUUUGCUGAUGGCAUUGUGAUCUGUAGCGAUAGUAGGCAGCAGGUUGAGGAGACCCUGGAGAGGUGGAGAUAUACUCUAGAGAGGAGAGGAAUGAAGGUCAGUAGGAACAAGACAGAAUACAUGUGUGUGAAUGAGAGGGAGGUCAGUGGAAUGGUGAGGAUGCAGGUAGUGGAGUUGGAGAAGAUGGAUGAGUUUAAAUACUUGGGAUCAACAGUACAGAGUAAUGGGAAUUGUGGAAGAGAAGUGAAAAAGAGAGUGCAGGCAGGGUGGAGUGGGUGGAGAAGAGUGUCAGGAGUGAUUUGUGACAAACGGGUAUCAGCAAGAGUGAAAGGGAAGGUCUACAGGACGGUAGUGAGACCAGCUAUGUUAUUUGGGUUGGAGACGGUGGCACUGACCAGAAAGCAGGAGACAGAGCUGGAGGUAACAGAGUUAAAGAUGCUAAGAUUUGCACUGGGUGCGACGAGGAUGGAUAGGAUUAGAAAUGAG